AUGGAUUCAAUUGUUGGGAGCAUUACCGGGAGCAUUACCGACCGCUUGUUCGGCGCAGCAGGCCGUCACCUCGGUUACUUGUUUCACUACAACGACAACAUUGGGACGUUGGAAAAGCAAGCUAAGAAACUUGCAGGUAUCAGAGAGAGGGUACAGGGACAAGUUGAAGCUGCUGAAAGGAAUCUUGAAAUUAUUGAAACUGAUGUGCAGAACUGGAAGGCAGCAGUUGACAAAAUCUCUGCAGCAGCUACCAAUUUAGAAAAUGAAGUCAAUGCAAACAAGAGGUGUCUCAACGGGUGGUGUAUUAAUCCCAGAUCGCGUUACAGAUUCAGUAAGGAGGCGAAUAAGAAGAAUCUUGCGAUUUCUCAGCUCCUAGAAGAUGGGAAAUUUGAGAAGGUAUCCCGUCCUGCUCCUCCUCCAGGAAUUAUUUAUCCGUUUGAGGUAUUUUCUGGAGCUUUCGAAUCCAGAAAAUCAAUUAUGAAGCAAAUCUUGGAGGCCUUGGGAGAUGACAACGUCAGUAUCGUUGGAGUGUGUGGGAUGGGCGGUGUGGGUAAGACCACAUUAGUGAAAGAAAUCGGCAAACAAGCAAAAGAAGAUAAGCGAUAUGAUGUUGUGGUGAUGACAACUGUGUCUCAAACCGUAAAUAUCAUGAAGAUUCAAGGGGAAAUUGCUGACAUGCUGGGUUUCAAAAAUUUGCCAGGCUCUAGCGAGAUAGCAAGAGCAAGUUCCCUUUGGGAAAGAAUAAAGAAGGAAGGAAGGAUGCUUGUAAUAUUAGACGAUGUUUGGGGAAGAAUUGAGCUGGAUAAGAUUGGAAUUCCUUUUGGAAUUGACCAUAGAGGUUGCAAGAUUGUGAUCACCUCUCGAAGCGGACAUGUAUGUGACGGAAUGAAUGCUCAACCGGUAUUUACGGUUGGAACGUUAUCAAAAGAAGAAUCUUGGGCCCUUUUUAGGGAAAAAGCUGGAGCAUGUGUUGACAACAGUGAUUUAAACCCAAUUGCCAGAGAGAUAGCCGCUAAAUGUGGUGGUUUGCCGAUUGCAGUUGUUACCAUAGCAAGAGCUUUGAAGAAUAAAAACAAGCAUGUCUGGACUGACGUGGCACGACAACUCAAAACGUCUACCCCAACAGACAUCCCAGGGUUGAAAGGAAGCGUGAUUUCCUCUUUGGAGUUGAGCAUCAAAUAUCUAGAGAGUGACGAUGCAAAAUCACUGUUCUUCUUUUGUAGCUUAUUUCCAGAGGAUUUCAGAAUCUCAAUUGAAGUUUUAGCGAGAUAUGGAGCUGGUUUGAGGUGGUUCAAAAAUGUUGAGACAAUGGAGGAUGUUAGACACAGAGCACAUGCUAUUGUAAGUACUCUUAUCUCUUCUUUUCUCUUGAUUGAUGAAGAAAGUGACUACGAUGAUGAAGAGUAUGUUAAAAUGCAUGAUGUUGUACGUCAGGUUGCACAUAUAAUAGCACCUAAGUACAACCAAAUAUUCUUGGUUAAAGCUGGCAUUAGAUUGGAAGAGUGGCCAGAAAGAGAAACACUUGAAAGUCUCACAUGUAUCUCAUUGAUGUCAAAUAAUAUUAAAGCUGUACCUAAUGGGAUUGAAUGCCCAAAGUUGCAGUCUUUACUAUUGCAAGGGAAUCGUGAAUUGGUUCUCCCUAACAAUUUCUUUCAAGGCAUGAAAGAUCUUAGAGUUCUAUACUUGAGUGAAACUCAUAUAUAUCAAUCGCCAGUACCCAGCUCAAUUUCUUUGCUUGUAAAUCUUAGAACAUUAUAUCUUAAUGAUUGUUAUUUGGGUGACUUAUCUAUAAUUGGGCAUCUAAGAAACCUAGAAAGUCUUAGCAUUUGUAGUUUAUUUUUUAGGGAGAUACCUAUCUCUUUUAAACAAUUAAUUCAGCUGAGGCUAUUAGAUUUAACCUACUGUCGACGGCUAAAGCGAAUAGCAUAUGGUGUUUUAUCGGCUCUUUGUAAGUUAGAGGAGAUAUAUUUCCCAAGUUUUAAUAUUUGGGAUUUUGAGAGAGAUGAGGGGGAUGAGGGGGAUUGGAGAAGCAAAGCCACCCUUGCUGAGUUACAAAACUUGUCUAGACUAACUUGCUUGAAAAUUUUUUUCCCAGACCAGGAUCUUUUGCCUGAUAAUGACAUGCUUUUCAAAAAGUUAUCAAGCUUUACAAUAAUAAUAGGUUAUGCAAGUGAUUGGAAGGACUUUUUGUCGGCUAAAAGAUAUUAUUCAAGGAAAAUUAUGAUCUCAGCUAAUGAUGUUACGAUUUUACGAUUGUCUGAUUGCCUUAAGAAUUUGGUAACUAGAAAAACAGAGUGUCUAUUUAUCUGUGGUUUACCAAACAUCUUUCUUGACCUUGUAGAUAGAGGUCUCAAUGAGUUGAAAAGUCUAACUGUGACUGAUCGGAACGUAACAUAUCUCCUAAAUAUGUUGGAAAGGGAAUCAAAGUUAACAUUCCAAAACUUAGAGGAACUAGAAAUCCGACACCAUCCCAACUUGGUUGAAAUAUGUCAUGGUGAACCCCCAAUCCAGUCCUUCGAGAAGCUCAAAAGUUUAAUUGUGCUUCGGUGCAACAAGUUGUUAAACAUUGUUCCAAGUUAUUUGCUACCGAGGUUUCAAAAUCUAGAAUCUUUGGGUGUAUUUGGGUGUAAAUCAGUGGUAUAUAUAUUUGAUUGUGAAGAGCUUAAGGUUGCAAAUGGAGAAACAAAGUUGCUCUCGUCAUUAAAGGAUCUAGAGUUGGAAGAUCUACCAGAGGUGACGCAUAUAUGGAAGGGUGACACUCAAUACAUAAACCUCUGUAACUUGAAUAGAAUAAGUGUGGAAAGAUGCCCAAAGUUAAUUAAACUUUUCUCACCAGCUUUAUUGCAUAGUCUUAUUGGUUUGGAAAAAAUGAAGAUAGAAUAUUGUGACAAUUUAGUGGAGAUCUUCAUCUCGGGGACGAAAGAAGAAGAGGAAUAUGAAGAAAAGGGUAUAGUACCAUGGAGGAAAGAUCACACCACAACCUCCCCAAGUUUGGGAAACUUGACUUCUAUAGAAAUAACAGAUUGCUUUAAAUUGAAAAACCUCUUCAACCCGUCCAUAGUCAAAAGCUUGGUGAAGCUUAGAAGUCUUGAAAUAGAUGGAUGCUCAACACUACAUGAAAUAAUCACAAAUGAGGAAGCAUCAGCAGUACAGAGGAUUGUGUUUCCUAGUUUGUCCUCCUUGUUGCUUGGAAGGCUAGCUAAUAUUGCUUGUUUUAGCUCAGGCCCGUAUUCCAUUGAAUUCUCAGUUUUGGAGACACUGGAGAUAUAUAGAUGUCCAAAUAUGAAGAUCUUUGGUUAUGAAGAACAACUGACACCAAAACUCAACAAAGUUAGGGCAAAUUAUGAAGCACGAUGGAUGGGUAACCUUAACUCCACAGUGCAACAAUUGUUCAAAGAAGAGGAGGAAAGAAGGCAAGAGGAGGAAAGAAGGCAACAGUUAGUCAACAAUGUAGAAGUGUGUUUAGAUUCAUGUCUGAAAAUUGUAACAGAAAAUUCAGGGGAAAUACAAAGCAUGGAAUGGUAGAACGAAGAGAUCCAAUCCAUUGUUCGGAAAAAGUAGACAAGCUGAAAAGGAAACGGGAUUUUCUUGAAAUUCGGAAAAAGUAGACAAGCUGAAAAGGAAACGGGAUUUUCUUGAAAGGUGGGGAAUUUUAGUCUGGCAAGGUGACAGGCCAACGGUCAGUUAGCAUAGGAGCUCAACGCAAUUAUAGGCGAAUUUGGAUACUGAAAUCCCGACGGGUUGAAGAGCGAAUAACUCAUUUCUAAAUAUCUGAUUAGUUUUGCAGGCAGGAUGGCAAGGAAUAAAUGGAGACGUUUAAGUUUCCGCCGUCAUUCGUUGAAGAUUCGACUAGAACACCUAGAAAUUUUCAUCUGCUAGGGACAAUGGAGGCGCUUAAUAGUUAUUUCCCGAAAGAACUGAAAAAGAAUUUCUGUAGAAGCCGCAGCGGAGGCAGUGGAAGAAACCUCUAACAAAGAAGAUGCUCCUGUCGCUUUUCUCGACCGCGCCUCUCGAGCAACAAGAGGAAAAAGGAUGACUAAGUUGCACGAUGAUGAAAUUGAAGAGGAUGAGCUGUUAUGGAAUCAGGAUGCUCUUAAUAGGCACAUGCACUUAAAAUGGCUCUGGAAGCAAAGAACUUACCUGUCAAUGUCUAUGUUGGAAUGAGGUACUGGUACGCGUUCACAGAAGAGGCAGGGCAGCAGAUUAAGAGAGACAGAAUUACAAGGCUCGUUGUGUUGCCGUUUUAUCCACAGUUCUCUAUCUCUACAACUGGGUCAAGCAUCCGUGUUCUCGAGAGAAUAUUUAGGGAAGAUGCAUAUCUAUAAAGGAUGCCUGUUUCCAUCAUACGGUGCUGGUAUCAACAAGAAGGUUACACUAAGUCUAUGGCUGACUUGAUUCAGAAAGAGUUGGAGAAAUUCUCAAACCCUGAGGAGGUAAUGAUAUUCUUCAGUGCCCACGGGAUACCAGUCAGUUAUGUUGAGAAUGCCAGUGCAAAGAUCAGACGGGGGAGUGCAUCUACCUAAUCAUGCAGAACCUGAAGAACAGAGGAGUUGGCAAUGAUCGUACUCUAGCAUACCAGAGUCGAGUUGGGCCAGUACAAUGGCUGAGGCCCUACACUGAUGAAGUUCUUGUUGAGCUAGGACAGAGAUAGAGGUG